AUGGUGAAGAUUUGUUGCAUUGGAGCUGGGUAUGUUGGAGGACCCACCAUGGCCGUGAUUGCAUUGAAAUGUCCUAAGGUUGUGGUAACUGUGGUGGAUAUAUCUUCCCAGCGAAUCAAUGGGUGGAACAGCGACCACCUUCCAAUCUAUGAGCCAGGGCUUGAUGAUGUGGUGAAGCAGUGCAGGGGGAAGAAUCUGUUCUUCAGCACUGAUGUGGAGAAACAUGUUUCAGAGGCGGAUAUAGUGUUUGUCUCAGUGAACACCCCAACAAAAACUCAUGGUCUUGGAGCUGGCAAAGCAGCUGAUUUGACAUACUGGGAGAGUGCUGCUAGGAUGAUUGCUGAUGUUUCAAAAUCAGACAAAAUUGUGGUUGAAAAAUCCACUGUCCCAGUGAAGACAGCAGAGGCAAUUGAGAGGAUCCUGACCCAUAACAAAAAAGGCAUCAAUUUCACCAUUCUCUCAAACCCAGAAUUUCUUGCUGAGGGCACAGCAAUUGAAGACCUAUUCCAUCCAGAUAGAGUCCUCAUUGGAGGGAGGGAGACCCCAGAGGGGCAAAAGGCCAUUCAAACUCUCAAAGAAGUGUAUGCAAAUUGGGUUCCUGUGGAGAAAAUCCUCUGCACCAAUUUGUGGUCUGCUGAGCUCUCAAAGCUUGCUGCCAAUGCCUUCCUGGCCCAGAGAAUCUCUUCUGUCAAUGCCAUGUCAGCACUCUGUGAGGCAACUGGUGCUGAUGUGACACAGGUGUCCCAUUCAAUUGGGACAGACUCAAGGAUUGGACCAAAGUUCCUGAAUGCCAGUGUUGGCUUUGGUGGCUCUUGCUUUCAGAAGGACAUAAUGAACUUGGUGUACAUCUGUGAGUGUAAUGGCCUUCCUGAGGUGGCAAAUUACUGGAAGCAAGUCGUUAAGGUGAAUGACUACCAAAAAACAAGGUUUGUGAACCGUGUGGUGUCCUCAAUGUUCAACACAAUUUCAGCAAAGAAGAUUGCUAUUUUUGGUUUUGCUUUCAAGAAGGACACAGGUGACACAAGGGAAACCCCAGCCAUUGAUGUGUGCAAGGGGCUAUUGGGAGACAAGGCUAAGUUGAGCAUAUAUGACCCUCAGGUUACUGAAGAACAAAUCACAAAGGACCUUUCAAUGAGGAAGUUUGAUAAGGACCACCCCGCUCAUCUUCAACCACCAAGCCCCACUUCCAUAAAGCAAGUAUCUGUGGUUUGGGAUGCUUAUGAGGCAGUGAAGGAGGCACAUGGUAUUUGCAUUAUGACUGAGUGGGAUGAGUUCAAGAAACUUGAUUACAAAAAAGUUUAUGACAGCAUGCAGAAGCCAGCUUUUAUAUUUGAUGGCAGGAAUGUUGUGGAUGUUCAAAAGGUCAGGGAAAUUGGCUUCAUAGUUUACUCCAUUGGCAAGCCUCUGGAUCCAUGGCUCAAGGACAUGCCUGCAGUGGUGGCUUAA